GUCACGUGAUGUGACUCCAUUUUGGGUAUCAGCCACGAGGUUUUGUCAAGAAAAUUAUUUUGGCAUACUCCGGUGUUAUUGUGGUUACUGAAAAUUGCUAAAAUGCCUUCUAGCAAUCCGUUACCCCCUAAAGAAAAUUCUCUUUUCAAACGAAUAUUGAAAUGUUAUGAACAAAAGCAAUAUAAAAAUGGGUUGAAGUUUGCUAAACAAAUCCUUUCAAAUCCAAAAUUUUCUGAACAUGGAGAAACGCUGGCAAUGAAAGGUUUGACUUUGAAUUGCCUGGGUCGGAAGGAGGAAGCGUAUGAGUAUGUCCGCCGGGGACUACGCAAUGACUUGCGCUCGCACGUGUGCUGGCACGUCUACGGACUGCUGCAGCGAUCAGACAAGAAGUAUGACGAGGCUAUCAAGUGUUACCGCAAUGCGCUUAAGUGGGAGAAGGACAACAUCCAGAUCCUGCGUGACUUGUCACUGUUACAGAUUCAGAUGAGAGACCUCGAAGGAUACAGAGACACAAGGUAUCAGCUGUUUAUGCUCAGGCCAACACAGAGAGUGUCAUGGAUUGGUUUUGCGAUGUCCUAUCAUCUCCUCAAGGAUUACGAAAUGGCUGUUAAAAUAUUGGAUUCAUUCAGGAAAACUCUAUUUAGUCAGGGUGCGUAUGACUACGAGCACAGUGAACUGCUUCUGUACCAGAACAUGGUGAUUCAGGAGUCUGGGGCUCUGGAAGAUGCACUCAAGCACCUUGAAGAAUUUCAUCUAGAAAUCUGUGAUAAACUCUCCAUUAAAGAAACUUGGGGGAACCUCUACCUGAAGCUGGGCAAGUUCUCGAGUGCGGAGGAAGUGUACCGGGAGCUGCUGGAGCGUAAUCCAGAGAACACAGGCUACUACAGCAGUCUACAAGAAGCUCUGCAGUUGCAUACCCCUGAUCAGAAGCUGAAGUUACUGUCGGAGUACAGGGAGAAGUGCCCCAAGGCUCUGGCACCUGCACGGCUCUACCUCAACUUUGCUCAAGGGGAAGUGUUCAGACAGGAAGUAGACCGGUACCUGAGGCGGGGACUGCACAAGGGGGUGCCUCCACUGUUUGUGGAUCUCAGGUCUCUGUACAAGGACAAGGAGAAAGUUACCAUCAUACAGCAACUGGUCGAACAAUACGUCGAUGCACUUAACAAAUCAGGACGUUUCAACGAAGAUGAAGUUAAGGAACCGAAGGAGCCUGCAUCAGCGUUGCUGUGGGCUUAUUAUUUCCUGGCACAGCACUAUGACUUCCUCGGUAACACGGACAAAGCUCUGCAGUAUAUCAAUGCUGCCAUCGAACACACUCCUACGCUUAUAGAGCUGUUUGUCACCAAGGGGCGAAUAUAUAAGCAUGCAGGAGACGUGAUAGAAGCGUACAAGUGGAUGGACGAGGCCCAAGGUCUGGACACAGCGGACAGGUACAUCAACUCCAAGUGUGCCAAGUACAUGUUGAGAGCAAACCUCAUCAAGGAGGCAGAGGAAACAUGCUCCAAGUUCACAAGGGAAGGGGUUUCAGCCAUGGAAAACCUAAACGAGAUGCAGUGCAUGUGGUUCCAGACAGAGUGUGCCCUAGCUUACCAGAGGUUAGAGAAGUGGGGAGACGCCCUUAAGAAGUGCCAUGAAGUCGAUAGGCAUUUCUCAGAAAUAAUUGAGGACCAGUUCGACUUCCAUACGUAUUGCAUGAGGAAAAUGACACUUCGGUCAUAUGUGGGAUUACUGAGGUUAGAGGACGUGUUGCGUGCCCACCCGUUCUACCUGCACGCCGCGAGAUGUGCGAUACAGGUCUACCUGCACCUGCAUGACAAGCCGCCGCAGGACGAGACCGCGGAGCAGGACACCAAUACAGGUGAGUUGAGUUCAUGUAUAUACAAACUGUAGUGUCUGUCCAGGAAC